AUGGUCUCCGCUCGUCCUUCAACUAGUAGUCAUCAUCAAUUACCAGCAGAUUACCUGGAUGCGAUUAAUUCAGCGGUAGAAAGCGAUACCAAGAAAGACUAUAUGCAUGCUUUAAAAAAGCUUGUGAAAUAUUGGGAAGAGAAUUGGGAAGAAUAUUGGCCUAGCAGCGAUGACGGGUCUACGGAAAACAUUACGAAGUUCUUCAAGACAAUUGGGGAUAAAUACAUCGUCCCGCAAAACCAACGAAACCCAGAAAAACCAUCAAAGCGCGGUGAUGAUCCAAAAACUGCAAAUAAAAAGUUUACAGUUGACGAACUUGUGGAAUUGUUGAAAAAUGCAAAUGAAGUUAAACGCCCUCUGUGCGGUAGUUCUUAUAAUACGAACUCGGCCCUUAACAAGUUCAUUUCAAGAUUUACGAGUGGAAAGGUUGAAGAAGAUAAGAUCAAAGAAUUCGAUAUGAGAUUGACGAAUACCAGCCAGCGUUUUGUGGAAAUGAGCUUAAAAUUACGGUGUGAGUAUGGCAAGACAUUACCAGCUCGAAGUGAGAAUGGAAAUCAACAGAGCGAAUAUGGGACGUAUUGCAGAAAAUUAGCCACUCUGUAUGAGGCGUUUGGGGAACUUAUCGUCUCUGUGAAAAAAUUACAUAAACAAACGAGGCUAUUUCGAACAGAUUAUCGUGUACUGGACAAAGUCAUUGGACGAAAAGAGGAAAUCCUUCAACAUCGGGACAACAACGGUUCCUCUGAGGAACAUCAUGACAACAACGGUUCCCCUGAGGAACAUCAGGACAACAACGGUCCCUCCGAGGAUGUCCCUCAACAUGACAACAACGGUCCCUCUGAGGAUCGGGACAACAACGGUCCCUCUGAGGAUCGGGACAACAACGGUUCCUCUGAGGUGGAUGUCCCUCAACAUGACAACAACGGUUCCUCUGAGGAUGUCCCUCAACAUGACAACAACGGAUCCUCUGAGGAACAUCAGGACAACAACGGUUCCUCUGAGGAUGUCCCUCAACAUGACAACAACGGAUCCUCCGAGGAGGGUACAAACCGGAAGGCUCCUCAACAGCCGUCCACGGGUACAAAGCGGAAGGCUCCCCUCAAAAGGCAAGAUAAACCUAGCAAAAAAUCUUCCACGUAUAAAAUACCUUUCGGCCGUGUACUCGAAUGCAACCUCUGUAAGGAGGGCUUCAGCACUCAUGGAAGGUUUCAAACACACAUGUUAAAGAAGCAUAGUGUGGCUACCUGUGACACCGAUUUCCCUACCUAUGAAAAAGAGGACAGUAUCACGAUGGAAAUGGUUGCCUAUGAAAAUGGAGAUCUUAUCGAGACGGCGCUGUAA